CAUAUGGCUCAUAAACCUUGGAUUCGUUUUCCUCUAAAAUCCAAGACUGUAGUUUUUAAUAAUAUAAUCUCAUGUUUAGCUGGAGGUCAUAACAAAGUUAUGGCAUCAAAAUCAUUUGAAUUAUUUAAUAAUGAACUAUCCGAAAGUGGCCUUGCCAUUCGUUUUCCAGAAACCAUAUGUAAUGUGAACAAAAGUGAAAUUUCUUCAUGUAUCGAAAAAAUGGGAGGCCAUGCAGUGGUCAAAGUUCCCUAUGGUAGUUGCGGGCAGGGUGUUUACACAAUCACUAAUUCGGAAGAAUUGAAGGGAUUCUUUGAUGCUAAUCAACAUUACGAAAAAUUUAUUGUACAAUCUCUUGUUGAAAUGCAUUAUGAUCGUCAUAACCGAAUUUUUGUUAAUGACUUGAGAAUAAUGGUAUCUGCCGAUGAGACUGGAUUUCACCCUGUAGCUAUUCGUUUACGACGUGCUCAUAAGCCACUCCCUACUUACCUACCAAAUGAUUCUAAUCUAACCUCAUGGGAGAUCUUUGGAACAAACGUAUCCGUUAAAUUAGAUUCCGGGUGGAUAUCAGAAUAUGAAAGGGUAAUUACGAUCGACCAGAAAGAGUUUGAUAUUAUUGGAUUGGGUAUUGAUGAUUUAAUUGACGCAUAUGUGCAAACUGUAUUAAGUACUAUUGCUAUUGAUAAAAUGUGCCAAAAACUUUUGGUUAAUAAUGAUUUCAAUGUCGAACUAUAUCACACAUUGAAUCCUGAUGAUGUCUUAAUAAGCGAAUUGUUAUUGUAG